UUUUCUUUGGUACUGAUAGGUGAUAAACUCAAAACCAUCGUCGCCAAUCAAAUCAAGGUACCUUAAUGUUCGAGAUAAAUAAAUAAAUACAGAAGAGAAAAGAAAUGAAGUUGUCAGGUGACAGAGGCAGCUUUAUCUUCUUUUUCUGACCUCGCUUCCAUCCCCUUUCAUAGUAAUGAUUCCGCAGCUUACUCUUUUCUCUGUCUCUCUUUCUCUUUCUCUUUUCUCUCUCAAAACAAAACAAAACUUGAAUACAUACAUACAUACAUGCCCCUUACUUUGCUUCUUCAUCUCUCUCUCUCUCUUUCUCAAUAUUCACCAGCACAGCGCAGCACACAAAUCAAUCAAUCAAUGAAAUCGUGUUUAAUGCCUUUGCUUCUCCCUCUUUCUGUGUGUAUGUAAAAUCUUUGUUUUUAUCAGAGGUGGUGCAGAAAGUUGUGUCUCAGAUCCCUAUAUACACCGAAAACGAUACAACUGUGUGCUGUGUACAGUGUGCACCGUGCUUCUCUCUCUCUCUCUCUCUCUCAAUAUCAUCAUUUUACAUAUUACUACUACACCUAGCUAUUACCGAAUAGAGUGGUCCUCAACCUCAACCUAAAGCCUCACUCUUUUUUUUUGCCUUUUCCUUUCCUCUUUACCCUAUAUUAUUCAACCCAAUCCUCCUUUCCCUUUGCCUUUGAGGAAAAGAAAGGAAGAGAUGCAAGAAGCAGGCUUGGGAAUGAUGGGUGAGGUCUCCGGCGAUCAGCACCGUCAGCUGAAGGCGGAGAUAGCGACUCAUCCGCUGUACGAGCAGCUUCUGGCAGCACACGUGGCAUGCCUCCGUGUGGCGACUCCCAUCGAUCAGCUUCCACUCAUUGAUGCUCAAUUAUCUCAGUCUCACCAUCUUCUACGCUCUUAUGUCUCACACAACACUCUUUCUCUCUCCCCUCAUCACCGCCAAGAACUUGACAACUUCCUGGCACAAUAUUUGAUAGUUUUGUGUACAUUUAAAGAACAGCUUCAGCAACAUGUCAGAGUCCACGCCGUCGAGGCUGUCAUGGCCUGCCGUGAUAUCGAAAAUACCUUACAAGCUCUCACUGGAGUGAGUUUGGGAGAAGGAACUGGUGCAACAAUGUCAGAUGACGAAGAUGAUUUACAGAUGGAUUUUUCUUUAGAUCAAUCUAGCGCUGAAGGGCAUGACAUGAUGGGAUUUGGUCUUCCUACAGAAUCUGAAAGGUCAUUGAUGGAAAGAGUUCGCCAGGAACUAAAGAUUGAGCUGAAACAGGGUUUCAAGUCAAGAAUUGAAGAUGUCAGGGAAGAAAUAUUAAGGAAACGUAGAGCUGGGAAAUUGCCAGGUGACACAACUUCUGUGUUGAAGAACUGGUGGCAGCAACAUGCAAAGUGGCCUUACCCAACUGAAGAUGACAAGGCAAAACUUGUGGAGGAGACAGGGUUGCAGCUGAAGCAAAUUAAUAAUUGGUUCAUCAACCAAAGGAAACGUAACUGGCACAGCAACUCUCAAUCGGUUACUUCUUUAAAGUCCAAACGCAAGAGGUAGACAUUAUAUUAUUUUGUCCCUAACUAUGUGGAACAGCUAGCAAGCAACACAACUAUAUAUAAGGACAUGCUUAUUGCUGAUAAAGUGUAGUCCCACUAAGGAUUCAGAAGAUAGUAGAUGGGUUACUGUAAUAUUGUAAGAUAGCUGAAACAAAUUCGAGGCUGGCUGUAAAUUUGUGGAACUUAACGUAUGCAAACUUUUCUUUUAGGUGUGGUUAAGUUGCCUCUCUUUUUAACUGUCUUUGUAAAUUGUUUUGCUACUUUUCUGACCGGCGGAAGAAUUAUUGUUACUACUACACAGAUGAUUGAAAGAUUCGCUGUUCUAUUA